ACUCUUGCAUUCGAAUUGCUCUCACGGUUCUACCUUACUAUCAUCUGAGCUAUUCACCUCUGAAGAUGGACUUGGGUACACACUUCUAGUACACAUUCUUACCUACUCCUGGUCUGUGAGAGCCUAAGAGUGUGUACGUGUAGCUUUCCAUUUUUUCCCACUUCUCAGUUCUUCAGACGAAACACUGAUGGGUAGCAGAGAUUCCCCAUUGAGGAGAGUUGAAGAAUCCCGUGGCCAGUUAAUGGGGUUUCUUUUACAUUUCUAAGGAGGGAGUAUUUUUCACUGUUUUGGCUGAGUCUGUCAUCAAGUUUUAAACAUUCAUUCCACCAACUUCAACAAUGGCAAAAGUAUUCGACUUUCCUAUCAUUCUCCAUUCUCAGACCUGCUACUGCCGUUGCAAUUAUCCAUUUCCUUAUUCUAAGAACCCAUUGAUUUUCACCCCAACGGCCGAGCCCAGACUCAAGCCAAACUUCCCCAAACUCAAAUCUUCAUACUCCUAUGAUAAUAAUAAUCUGAAAGAAAAAAGUAGCACAAGUAGAGGGUUUCAUUAUCAUAGUUUAAGAAAGAGGGUGUUUUUCUUGGAUGUCAAUCCUCUGUGUUACAAUGAAGGUACCUGGUCUUUCCAGUAUUUUGCUCACUGGAUCUCCCUAUUUUUAGCUGACGUCAGCAACGGUCAACCUGUUGUUGCUGUUAUUGAUGGAGAAAGAGGCAAUGAGUACAGGAGGAACCUGUUGCCUACCUAUAAAGCGAAUAGGAAGAGGCCUGGAGGAUCAGUUUCUGGAAGCCUUAUAAGAACUUCAGUUGAAAGGUCACAUAAAGUCAUCUUGGAUGUUCUUAAGAAUUGCAAUCUGCCUAAAAUCAGUGUAAAAAGGGUCACAAUUCAGGUUGUUAAGAUUGAGUCACAUGAAGCAGAUGAUGUUGUAGCUACACUCGUGGCACAAGUCCUACAGAAAGGGUUUCAAUCUGUAAUUGCUUCACCAGACAAAGAUUUCAAGCAACUGAUAUCAGAAGACGUUCAAAUCUUGAUUCCAAUGCCUGAGCUAGAUAGAUGGUCGUUUUACACUUUAAAGCAUUACAAAGCUCAGUACAAUUGUGAUCCACAGUCUGACUUGAGUUUGAGAUCCAUGUUGGGUGAUGAAGCUGAUGGGGUUCCUGGAAUUCAGGAUGUGGUUCCUAAAUUUGGUCGAAAAACUGCACUAAAGCUUUUGAGAAAGCAUGGGAAUCUUGAAAAUCUACUCGCUGCCGCCACAGUGAGGACUGUGGGUAGACCCUAUGUCCAAGAUACCCUUACCAAGCAUGCAGAUUAUCUACGUAGAAACUAUCAAAUUCUCUCUCUCAAGACUGAUGUUGAUGUUCAAUUUGAUGACAACUGGCUAUCUGAUAGAGACACUAGUAAUGAUUCAGUAACUAUUUCAAACUUGAUUGAUGACCUCAAAGCAAAUGGGAAAUUUUAUGUGGCAAAACAGCCUCCCAUGAGGCUUUAAGCUCUCCAAAUUAAUGGAAUUUAUCAAAAUUGCAGGAGAAGAAUCAAUGGGUUUAUGGUGGAAGCGGACUAAAAUGAUGCCUUUCAUUUUCAUUUUCAUUUCAUCCACUAAUGAUAUUUGAAUUCAAGAGUGGUCAAGUACUCUCAGGAGACCGCAGUUGAUCACUAACUUGGAUUUGGAACUCCUCAAAUUAUAGCUUGUAGGUUAUGUAGUAGAAAACCACUUUCAGGGGGCAACUCCUUGUCAAAGCUAAGAGUGUGUGACCGUAUGUUAGCUCAAAGCUCGUAAGCAUGGCUCGUGACUCUUGGUUAGGCAACAGCUCAAGCCUAGCAACAGAUGCAGCUAGCCAGCCAACCACAGUCCAAGAGGCCUGGCCCAGCCCAGCUAGAGCUGAGUAGUUCAACUUGGCCCACAUGUCUUUAGUUCAGCCAAACGCCCAACAGGACUAAAGAAGGAUCUCAAGUAACCGAUGAAAUAGGUGAUGUUAUUGCAUAACGGGUCGUACCAUGCAUCAGGGUCGUACCCUCAGCGGUUUGCGGAGGCUUAUUGAGCACAUUGAGAUUGAGCUAACCUCUACCAGUCACACGCCCCUCUAUGUCGCCAUCUAUGAAUAUACCAGCCUCCAACAGUCAGACAAAAGGUGGCAUUGUAACUGGAGAUAUUAUGUACUCCGUUUACCCGGAUUCUAUCCUAAUGAGUUUUUCUUGAAAAGCCUUUUAUGAAACAAUGCAUCAAAAUAAAGCAGGAUUAAUAAUUGUGAUCUUUUACCCUUGACUAUGAUUUCAUCCAUUUUGGCUCUUCA